GCUGUGCUGGAAACCCCGUACAGCCUGUUGGGGCCCCAAGAUGGCUGACUACUCACGGGGGACUGUUAGCAAAUAUCCGAGCAAGACAUCGCCAAUGAAUGACAAAUAGCAAUACGGUGUAAAGCAAAACUCUCGAAGUAAUUUGACGCUCACGGGUCGUUGCUUGGUAUUGUUUUUGGGAUGCAUACCUACCAGAAAGGAGAGGGUUUUCUCUCCGCGGUCCCGAGCCAGAACAUGGCGGAACACUUUGGGAAGAAAUAGCAGCUAGCGCUAGCCAGCUGGCGCAUUAUUGAGUGCUAUUUGGAAACAUUGUUUUGGAUUUUUAAAAACGCUCAGUACUGCCCGUAAAUGUGAAAAUAAUGUUGUCGGUGUGCAGCUGGGGUCAUUUUGCCUUAACACAGUCAUACGAAUCGCUUGGAUUUGGCUUACAUGGAGGCAAGUCAACUCGUUAGCUUUGCUAUUCGCUAACGUUGUGUAUAUGUGUGUGUGUGUGUGUGUGUGCAACACAACUAACAACCGGAGAGUGUUUGGGGUAAAAAUAGUCGACUUCUGGAUUCAUUCGCAUAUAUAUGGACACGUAAUUAAUGUCAACAUUGCGCGGUGUAGCAGAUGGUGUUCACUCCUACCCCCUCCGCGUUGUACAUUUGUCAUGUUUAGUUGUUACGACUCUUGACGGUGGCUGUUAUGUAAUGCGUGGUGAUUUAAAAAAAAAAAAAAACAUUGGUGUAAAUAAUAUAGUACAAAUACAUUGGUGUGAAUAUAGAGUUGCACCUGCUACGGAGAAGGAAUUGUCGGGCCAUCUGACAAGCUUGAAAGGCCACUGGCGUGUUCUAUUGUUGGACCGGGUCCGAGAGGUGAAUUGGAAGCUGUGGCGUUACUAAGGUGAAGCAGGUACCCUGUAACAACCCAGCAGGGGGGGUGGGGUGGGGGUGGAGGGAGGUGGAGACCGCUUAAGACCACCCGCCAGGAUGACGGACACUCGGCGACGAGUUAAAGUCUAUACCCUCAAUGAGGACAGACAGUGGGAUGACCGCGGCACUGGACACGUUUCGUCGGGGUAUGUGGACCGGCUGAAGGGCACGUCUCUCCUUGUGCGAGCCGAAAGUGACGGUUCCCUACUACUGGAGUCCAAAAUAAACACAAACACAGCGUACCAGAAACAGCAGGAUACGCUCAUCGUGUGGUCCGAGGCCGAAAACUACGAUUUGGCCCUCAGCUUCCAGGAGAAAGCCGGCUGCGAUGAGAUCUGGGAGAAAAUUUGCCAGGUGCAAGGCAAAGACCCGUCUGUGGACAUCACCCAAGAUGUAGUGGAUGAGCUGGAAGAGGAGCGCUUCGAUGACAUGUCGCCCGGUUUGGAGCUGCCGCCGUGCGAGCUGAAUCGUCUGGAAGACUUGGCGGAGCUGGUGGCCUCUUCGCUGCCGUCGCCGCUGCGGCGCGAGAAACUGGCGCUGGCCGUCGAGAACGAGGGCUACAUCCGCAAGCUCCUCGAACUGUUCCGCGUGUGCGAGGAUCUGGAGAACCGCGAGGGUCUGCACCACCUCUACGAAAUCAUCAAAGGCAUUUUCCUACUCAACCGUACGGCGCUCUUCGAGGUCAUGUUCUCGGACGAGUGUAUCAUGGACGUCAUCGGUUGCCUGGAGUUCGACCCCGCGCUCCAGCAACCGCGGCGGCACCGCGAGUUCCUCACCAAGACGGCCCGCUUUAAGGAGGUGAUCCCCAUCUCGGACCCUGAACUGCGUCAGAAAAUCCACCAGACGUAUCGGGUGCAGUACAUUCAGGACAUGGUACUGCCCACUCCCUCCGUCUUUGAGGAGAACAUGCUGUCCACCCUGCACUCCUUCAUCUUCUUCAACAAGGUGGAGAUUGUGGGCAUGCUUCAGGACGAUGAGAAGUUCCUGACCGAUCUUUUUGCACAGCUAACAGACGAGGCCACAGACGAUGACAAAAGACAUGAACUGGUGAACUUCUUGAAGGAAUUCUGCGCGUUCUCACAAACAUUACAACCUCAAAACAGAGAUGCCUUCUUCAAGACUCUGUCAAAUAUGGGGAUUCUCCCCGCGCUGGAGGUCAUACUGGGAAUGGAUGACGUUCAAGUGCGGGGGGCGGCAACCGAUAUCUUCUCUUAUCUGGUGGAGUACAACCCCUCCAUGGUACGAGAAUUUGUCAUGCAGGAGUCUCAGCAGAACGAUGACGUGAGUACUCUGGAUGAAUUCAAACCAGCUCAUUGAGGGGCCGUGCAGCUGAUGGGGCUGCUCCGAACUCUGGUCGAUCCAGAAAACAUGCUGGCCACCGCAAACAAAACCGAAAAGACAGAGUUUCUGAGCUUCUUCUACAAGCACUGUAUGCACGUCCUGUCGGCUCCGCUCCUGGCCAACACCACCGAGGAAAAGCCGAGCAAAGAUGAUUUCCAAACAUCCCAGUUGUUAGCGCUCAUUCUGGAACUGCUGACGUUCUGCGUGGAGCACCACACCUACCACAUCAAGAACUACAUCAUCAACAAGGACAUUCUCCGGAGGGUCCUGGUCCUCACCGCCUCUCAGCACGCCUUUUUGGCACUAUGUGCCCUGCGCUUCAUGCGGCGAAUCAUCGGCCUGAAAGAUGAAUUCUACAACCGCUACAUUAUGAGGAAUUUCCUCUUCGAGCCCGUCGUGAAGGCCUUCCUCAAGAACGGCUCGCGCUACAACCUCAUGAACUCGGCGAUCAUUGAGAUGUUUGAGUACGUCCGCGUGGAGGAUGUGAAGUCUCUCACCGCUCAUAUCAUUGAGAAUUAUUGGAAGGCUCUGGAGGACGUGGACUAUGUCCAGACCUUCAAGGGCCUGAAGCUGCGCUACGAGCAGCAGCGCGAGAGGCAGGACAACCCCAAACUAGACAGCAUGCGCUCCAUCCUGAGGAACCACCGCUUCCGUCGCGACGCGCGGACCCUGGAGGACGAGGAGGAGAUGUGGUUCAACACGGACGAGGAGGACCUCGAGGACGGUGAGGCCGUCGUACGCCCCUCAGAAAAGAUGAAGGGCGAGGAGGACCUCAUGGAGCCCAUAAGCAAGUUCAUGGAGAGGAAGAAAUUGAAAGAAGCAGAUGACAAGGAAGUUCUGGGGAAGUCGACCUUGUCCGGCAGGCAGAACCCGAGCUUCAAACUCUCCUUUUCGGGCUCCACCAAAAGCAGCCUGUCGAGCCCGCCGUCAUCCGCCUCCCUGAACCCGGGUUCUCCCGGCUCGCCAGAGUCUCCGAGCUCGGGAGCGCGCAGCUCAGGUCCCACCCCGGCGGUAACCACAAAGGGAGGAUUAGUGGGACUGGUUGACUAUCCCGAUGACGAUGAAGACGAGGAAGAGGACGAGGAGGAGGAAGGAGAGAGUAAAGACGACCCUCUGCCACCCUCGAAAAAGUCCAAACUGAACUCCUAAAGGCGCGCCGCCGCCUUCCGUUUGUGCUCCAUUCGGACGUUUUAUGAAGAUGGGACUUCCUUCUUCAGCACGGGAACGAUGAACCUGCACCAAAAUCGAAUGAAUUGAAAAGCCCCCGCUCUGCCGGCGGCUCAACGAGAGGAGUCGGACGCCAACAGAUUCUUCCUCUUCAUCCCCCCUUGGACCAGCCCGAUUCAAAUAAGUGCCAAUCAGGAGAGCAAAGGAGGAAGUCGCGUCUGAGAGGACAGACGGGCGGGCGGGCGGACGUCAAGUCACGGCAGAGGAGCGGCUGCACGGUGAGAAAGCACUGUUGGAAUGAAGCUGACGGAGGAAAUGACCACAUGAAAAAAAAAAUGGAUAUGCAGACUGAAAUCCCCCAAGAGCUUGGAGCACUUGGAUCGUAACCCGCCACUGCCCCCUCACCCACUGACCCCUCAACCACCCACUCAGGGAAGGACAUCAUUUGGCCAAAUGGUUCAGCCAGUUCAGACCCACACACUCACCUCCCGCAGCCCCUCUCCAGAAUCCACUUCUUCUUUUUUUCUUCCUCUCCUCCUUAUGUUGUUUUGUGUCCUAAGUUUAGGCAUAGAGGACCAGGGCAAAAGAGAGCUGUCUUUUCUUGUAGUUUGAUGAUGUCAUCAGUGUCGUCCUUCUCCGGCAGACAAUUUCUCUGAAGAGAAGAGAAACAAAAGCCAGCAUUUUCUUUCAGCGUUUCAUUUUUCUCUUUGUCUCGCAAGCCAUUCUCCCGUUUCGUUUUCGGGGUACCCCACCCACCCCCACCCCCUCUUUUCGUAAAUGAGGACAAAAAGAGACCUGCCUUUAAAUGUUCAGGAUGUUUUCAGUCACACUUGAACAGGUUUUUAAAGACCUCAGUUAGGUGGCUAGUUUUACCAUUUUUGCCCUUUGAAACUGCAGAUUUUUUGGAGAAAUUUGUAAUCCCAUCUUGAUUAAAGAUUGAGUGGAAUUGUAGAUAUGAUGUAUUUUGUCAUAUCUUCUCAUUUUGUUUCUUUUUACAUGAGUGUACACUUAGUUGUUCGGAAUACUUGGGACCAUUAAAAAUAACUUUGCUGUCAGGUGUCCUACUA